AUGAUGAAAGAGGAGAGGUUUGAUAAUCCCAUUUACAGCAGCUGCAAUGGUCCAACGGGCUUCACCGAAGUAGACCGGGAAUCCUUACCGACACCGUGCAACCGAACUCACCUCUCAGGUUCUACAUGCUUAAGAAGACACCACAUACUACUGCUGUGUGUGGUCGUAUUGGGGUGUACUGUGGCUGUCAUAAGUCUGUUUGCCCAGAAACACAAUGAAAUUGCACAGAGACAGCAGUCAAAUAAUGAAACCUGUUUGGCAGAGAGAGAAGAGAUCAAGUCUCUGAAAUCAGAGAACUACCGCGUUCUACUAAAUAUGAUUUUAAAGCAGGAAGGAUGGAAGCAUAUAAACUCCAGUCUGUACUACAUCUCUACUGAGAUGAAGUCCUGGGAUGAGAGCAGACCUUACUGCCAAAGGAAGGGAUUGGACCUGGUGACCAUAAACAGCGAAGAGGAACAGGCCUUUCUCCUUGAAGUGGUCAGUGCAAAGAAAUUGGAGGCAGUCUGGAUUGAUUUGUCUCCUAGCAACACAAAGGAGACGUCAACACGGGUGAAGAGAGGUGUGGGGUCAGAAGGCGGUCAGGAAGAGGACUGUGCUAAGCUUACGGUCUAUGAGAGACCUGCAGUGAAAGAAGUAACUGGUCGACAAUGUGGCACACAAAAAUACUGUAUUUGUGAAAAAUACCUGAUGUCAAAUACCAUGUAAGCAAGAGAAAACGUUAACUUGUUCUUGUGAAAGGAUUAUACUUGGUUUUAAUGGAGGGAACAACUGCUAGAUUCAACUCUUCUUGCUGUGACAUCCCACAAACACCUAGUUGGAUCAGCCAUUUCACCCCCUCCAUGUUGUUUCAACUGUGCUCUUGCUUCGUGCACCGUCUCCUCAGUCACCUAGGUGAUGGAGUGGAGCCCCCCUCAUUUUCCAAGAAGCAGCUGUUAGUCAUUCCAGUUAGCCUGGUGAGGGUUUUACCCUGAAAUACACAUCUGCACCGUAUAGUAAGAAAAGUUAAAAGGGGAGUGUUCUGUGGUUGGGACCCCCCACCCCCCUGCAUCGUUCCAAUAAGCAAAAGCACUUUCAGUCAAUAAGCUUUCUCAGUGUGAGAGCCUCGAUUUUAGCCAGCCAGUUUUCAACUGAAGUCAAUGGGCAGAUUGAUUAAAUAUUUUUUUUUUUAAGUAAACAUAAAUAUUUCACAUGAAUUUCAUGUAAAAACAACAUUUAGUAAAACAUUGUGUUUAGAUGAGGGGGCUGAUUGUCCUUCAGAAACUCAAGUCAAUGGUAAAGGAGUGACAGGUUACACAGCUUAUAUGUCCUUCAGCCACUCUCAAGUCAUUGGUAAAGGAGUGACAGGUUACACAGCUUAUAUGUCCUUCAGCCACUCUCAAGUCAUUGGUAAAGGAGUGACAGGUUACACAGCUUAUAUGUCCUUCAGCCACUCUCAAGUCAAUGGUAAAGGAGUGACAGGUUACACAGCUUAUAUGUCCUUCAGCCACUCUCAAGUCAUUGGUAAAGGAGUGACAGGUUACACAGCUUAUAUGUCCUUCAGCCACUCUCAAGUCAAUGGUAAAGGAGUGACAGGUUACACAGCUCCCGAAGGACAAUCAGCCUCCAUCUAUACACAAUGUUUGGCUAAAUGUUGUUUUUUGUUUACAUGAAAUGUAAAAAAAAAAAAAAAAAAAAUUGUUAAUUAAUCUGCUCAUUGACUUCAGUUAAACUAGCUAACUGGCUAAAUCUGGCACACAAACUGCAAUGUUGAUUCAUGUUAAAAUUAAAUUAAAUGUAGUUCGUGCUACAAGGGUAGGAAACCCUGGUGGGUUGCAUUUAGCCAAUCACAGGGCUAAGAUAUAUUUUAUUAGUCCCUGUUAUAUUCCAGGCACAGGGUUACCUACCCCUGUUCUAUGUACAGAAGAGAAUGUGCAAUAUUAUAAAGGAAUACCAGUUUUAUUUUUAUAUUUUUCAUAUUGUCAAUAAAAAUCCUUCUUUACGAUACUAUCGUCCUGUGACACCAAAAGUCUGAAUGUGAUUUAAUAUUGGGGCGGCAGGUAACCUAGUGGUUGGACUAGGAACUGAAAGGUUGCAAGAUCGAAUCCCUGAGCUGACAAGGUACAAAUCUGUUGUUCUGCCCCUGAACAAGGCAGUUAACCCACUGUUCCCUUGAACCAGGCAGUUAACCCACUGUUCCCUUGAACAAGGCAGUUAACCCACUGUUCCCCUGAACAAGGCAGUUAACCCACUGUUCCCCUGAACAAGGCAGUUAACCCACUGUUCCCUUGAACCAGGCAGUUAACCCACUGUUCCCUUGAACCAGGCAGUUAACCCACUGUUCCCUUGAACAAGGCAGUUAACCCACUGUUCCCCUGAACAAGGCAGUUAACCCACUGUUCCCUUGAACCAGGCAGUUAACCCACUGUUCCCUUGAACAAGGCAGUUAACCCACUGUUCCCCUGAACAAGGCAGUUAACCCACUGUUCCCCUGAACAAGACCAUUAACCCACUGUUCCCCUGAACAAGGCAGUUAACCCACUGUUCCCCUGAACAAGGCAGUUAACCCACCGUUCCCCUGAACAAGGCAGUUAACCCACCGUUCCCCUGAACAAGGCAGUUAACCCACUGUUCCCCUGAAUAAGGCAGUUAACCCACUGUUCCUAGGCUGUCAUUGAAAAUAAGAAUUUGUUCUUAACUGACUUGCCUAGUUAAAUAAAGGUUAAAAAAAUAUAUA